GCAGUAGUUACGGUUCCCACGUUGCGAUGUGCGACCGUAUCGAUUAGCCCCAGUGAACUAAAUAGAUUCAGCUUUUUGGUGAACGCAAUUAGUCCUGCCUCUCUUCUCGGUUGCCCAGUUCUGGAAACUGCUCUCGAUGCGAAGGAACCCAAAACCACAGGCGAACCGAAACCCCUAGCCGGAAACUACUGCGAAUUAUCGACCAAACAGAAGGCGACACACGUGAGUGGCGUGGCAACGUCAAAGUGCCAACAUGCGAAUCACAGUUCCGGAUUCCGCAGCCCCGAUUCCGGAUUCCAAGGCAGUCAGUGCGGUGCGGAGGAAGCGGCGAGGAGCGACCAGGAGCUGCCCAGGAUUAGCAGAUAGAGAUCGACCUCCAGCGCCAAGACUUCGCACGCGACUUCCACGUCUUGGGAGCUCCACUCGAGAAAAGUGAAAGCCCAAGAGGCGUUGGCUAAUUGAAUUUCUAUUUUCGAUCCUGCCCAAGGAAAGCAGCCUCAAAGCAAAGGGAAGUUUAUGGGUUGAGGCGGAGGAAUGGGCGACUCAGGUGAGCGAAAUGGCCAUAAAUGUGCACCAGCGAUAAGGAGGUAUGGGGAAAUACCCAAGUGAAACGAAGCUUAAAUACACUAAGAAAGUGAAGGUGUUAGAAAAAUAUUCAAGUGGAAUCUAUACAUGGUAGAGGUGGAGAAUAAAAGAAUAACCAACAGAAAGUUCUUAGAGAUUAAUCCAAUAAUAUAAAUUGUCCAUGAAAAACCAAAAUAUAAGGUUGUAUUGAAAUGCAUUUUUGCUCAUCCCUCAGAAAAUGUAAACACCCCCAGUUAGAGUACAAAUGAAGCUAUUUUAAGACCUUUCAAGACUCGAGACAUUCACCUCCGGCUUUCAACUCAGGAAGUGCUCGGGUCGGGUCUGGGUUUGGAGGCCGACGCAACCACGAGGCGACUAUUCAAUUUUAGACAUUUGACGUCUCGAGUUGCUCGAGGCUCAGCCAAAGGCGUUGGCAGGUGCAACGAGUGCAAUGAAAACUUGCGGCACGCAUAUGUGGCACAAGGAACAGAAUGGCGGGAUGAGGAUGCCUUGAUUUAAAGAUAGCGCAUGGGUGGGAUUAGAAGGAGGUGUCCUCCGACCAAGAAAGUUAUGACAGGCCAGGCUAAGGAAAACCCUCGGAGGAUUAGGGCCACUCCACUCGGCUCUGUUGCAUUAGAAGAACAUAGAUUUUUGCCAGAGAAACACGCAUCAGCGGAGCCAGAGUCACCAUGUUGGGAAUUGCCUGCGAUCCGCUUCAGCAUACGAGCAUGUACGAACGCGGCUCAGAUGAUAGCGAAGACAGCGAUGGAGAAGGUGGUCUGGGCAACGUUUCCCGGGUUAUCAUUCGUCCGCCGGGUCAAAGUGGCAAGGCAAAGAGAGGUCACCUCUGUUUCGAUGCCGCUUUCGAAACGGGAAAUCUGGGAAAAGCGGAGCUGGUGGGCGAGUUUGAGUACGACUUGUUCCUCAGACCGGAUACCUGCAAUCCGCGCUUUCGCUUCUGGUUCAACUUCACUGUGGAUAAUGUGAAGCAGGAUCAGCGAGUGCUCUUCCACAUAGUGAACAUCAGUAAGAGCAGAAACCUGUUCUCCUCGGGGCUGACCCCUUUGGUUAAGAGUUCCAGUCGACCCAAGUGGCAGAGGUUAUCAAAGCGGCAGGUGUUCUUUUACCGAUCGGCCAUGCACCAGGGGCAUUAUGUUUUGAGUUUCGCCUUUAUUUUCGACAAAGAGGAGGAUGUCUACCAGUUUGCUUUGGCCUGGCCAUAUAGCUAUUCGCGUCUUCAGUCCUAUUUGAAUGUGAUUGAUGCCCGGCAAGGAGCGGAGAAGCGGUUCACCCGAUGUGUGCUUAUUAAAUCCUUGCAAAAUCGCAAUGUGGACCUGCUGACCAUUGACCAUGUGACCGCCAAGCAACGCUCGACAAAUCGCUUGGAUCGCAGCUUCAUCCGUGUGAUUGUGAUCCUCUGCAGGACGCACUCCAGCGAAGCUCCAGCCUCCCAUGUGUGCCAGGGUCUAAUCGAAUUCCUGGUGGGCAACCACCCCAUAGCCGUGGUUUUGAGGGAUAACUUUGUCUUCAAGAUUGUGCCCAUGGUGAAUCCAGAUGGGGUGUUCCUGGGCAACAAUCGCUGCAAUCUGAUGGGCCAGGACAUGAAUCGCAACUGGCACAUUGGAUCCGAGUUCACUCAGCCGGAAUUGCAUGCUGUGAAGGGCAUGCUAAAGGAGUUAGAUAAUUCGGACGUGAGUAUAGUCGUCAAGCGGAUAGAUUUCAUGUUUACAAUUUCAUCUUUGUUGGACUCACUCAAUUCCUUUCAGACGUAUCAGAUUGACUUUGUGAUCGAUCUGCAUGCCAAUAGCAGCAUGCACGGUUGCUUUAUUUACGGCAACACCUACGAGGAUGUUUACAGAUACGAGAGGCACCUGGUUUUCCCGCGACUCUUCGCCAGCAAUGCUCCGGAUUAUGUGUCCGAGCACACGAUGUUCAAUGCGGAUGAACGGAAGGCAGGAAGCAUUCGGAGAUUCAGUUGCGAGCGACUCAGUGACACGGUGAAUGCCUACACUUUGGAAGUCUCCAUGGCGGGUCACUAUCUCAAGGAUGGCAAGACCAUCUCACUGUACAACGAAGAUGGAUAUUACCGCGUUGGGAGGAAUCUGGCCAGAACCCUUCUGCAGUACUACCGCUUCAUCAACAUCCUGCCCAUGCCGAUAGUGACCGAGGUGCGGAGCAAGCGGCGGGGGCGAAACCGGCAUGCCCACCACUCUCGCUCCCGCUCGAAAACCCGAUACGAGGUCAAGCCCCGACCCAAAACCCCUCGAUGCCACGCCCCCAUUGCCUACACCAACCUCAGCAUAUGCUAUGACUCGGGGGGAGGAGGUGGAUCUUCGGAUGAAGGAGGAUUCUCACCCGUUCGCCCGUUAGCCCCCGGAAGCAGUUGCUUCAGUGGAUAUCGCAACUACAGGAGAGCUGCAACCGCAAGUUGCUCCCAACACCCCACUCAUGACCAGUAUUCUCCCUUCGCCCUGGGAGCCCUGAAAACGGGCAGUGAUCACGGAGGAAUCGGGGGUUCCAAAAGCAAGAGAUCAGCAGCUGUCACAAUUGAAGUUCCCUUGCCCGUGAAUGUGCCUCCCAAGCCAUACCUGUCUAUAAUCGAUUUGAAUCAACUUACAAGGGGCAGCCUGAAGCUGAAGUCCAAUAGCUUCGAUGCCGCAGACAGGCGAUAGGAUCAGUGAUAAGACAUGGAAAUGGGUUAGUGACUCCAACUUUAGGGACCGAAACGUGGGGCGUGUUGUUUUAGAUUUAAUCAACUCUUUUCUACGCUUCCUGCUUGUUUUUCUAAAUAAAAAGUUAAAGCUACGACUCCAACGAUAUUAAUUCUUUCUUCGUAAUAUGAUAUAAUAAUCCAAUAUAUGUAUUUCAAUUUAACAAUAUUUAUUGAGAUUCUAAACAUGCAAAAGCUUUCCGAUUAUUUACUGAAAGAUCGGCAUUUUCAAAGAGAGCUUUUCGUGAGAUCCAAACAAGAAAUUCGAUAAAAGCGAAACUCAUUCAUUAUUGGAAAUCCCUAAGAAAGCAACUUAAAUUCAAGAAUCCCGUUAUCAAAUCCUCCCUAUGUCCUUCUUCUAAACAAACAGUUACAUACCAAAUGCCACUCCGAAAUGCGAAGGGCAACAAGUCGCGCGAUUGAGUGAUUCUUUUGAGUGAGUGUGAUAAGCAAUUAUCCCCACCAGAAGUGUUUUUGUUGGAUUGCGACCAGGAAAAAAAUUGGAUUUAGCUCAAUUGGCGACAUGUGAGUUUUUUAUCACACAAAUUAGUUGCGGUUAUUUACAGUAAUUCAGGGGGAACAAAGAACAGUAAGUGGAGCAGGAGCCUUAGUUUCAGUCGCAGCGCACGUGAGUACGGGUGAAAUCGCUCAGGAAAGUCACUCAUCAGUAAUUAGAUGGAUUUGCAGUCACUUUUAUCUUAUCUUUUAUCGAACACAAGCCCGACACUAUUAUAACCUCCUUGGGAUAUGGAAAUGCAAAGCAUAUGUGUGGUGAUAUGUAUCCAUGUAUGUAUGAACAGCAGAC